AGUAACCUGUUACAAAUUUUCAAAAUGUGAUCACAUAAAAAACCAACUAUGGUAGCUUUAAUGGUUAUUAACUUUGUUAACUAUUAACAUUUUGCACCAAUAAUCUCUGAGAUGCUACCUCCUUUUCACAGCUCCCUUCUUGUCAACACUGAAAAAGCUGAGUUGUCUGAGUUUUUCUUCUCUUUUUUUCCUCUUUAAAUUUUGCUUUGUCGGGUACUAAGAAUGAUUUAGAGCUAUUAUUAUCACUAUUCUUAUUCAUGCCCCAGUAUUUCUUCAUAACCAUCUCGCCAUUGUUACCAACAAAAAAGCUAAGAGAAAGAAUUAGUUGCAGAAACCACAAGUGUAGCUUCUUGUUUCCCGGGGCAGCGCCGCUUUGUUCUUGUUCCUCGUGCGUGUCCAACCCAUAUCUCGAUAAGCCAUUUGGUUUUCGUUCCUGGAUUAUAUUUGAUUCGAUGUUCUUUUUGUUUCACCUUUUCUUCAACCGCCAGUUUCUCUCUUUAUGUUUACACUUGAUAGUUGAUACCCUCUUUUUAUUACCGUAAAGUAAGAGUUGCAGGGGAUAAAUUUUAAACUACGUCAAAAUUGACUACUAAAGUGUUGAGCAACCCACGAUCACAGGGAAGUCGGUGAUGGUUUUUGAAUUGUGUUGUUUGCUUUGCAUUGAACCCAAGGUACAUUCAAGUUUUCGUCUUGGAUUUUUUUUUUUAACUAAUUGAUUAUUGCAAGCAUUUCCGGGUCCGGGCAUCAUAUCCUUUUUUUAAUGUUAUAAUUUUGUAUUGGGAUCCUUAUUGGUGGUCUGCUGGACCAGAAGUUGGUUCCUCGUAUCUAUCCAUGUUUUUAGAAUUGUAUAUUCAUAUGUUGAAUUGCUGGGUUCCAAUCCCAUUAUUUUACAUAAUCAACAGAGUAAAAAUCGGUCCGUGAAUUGGGGGCUUUGAAAGGUAUUAAAGGGGGUUCUAGGAAAGUCGUUGAGUUGCAUAGAGCUGGUUUUCAUGUGGAACAUUGGUCUUAACUCUUAAGACAUGCUGAGCUCUUAUGAGGGAGAAAAUGAUGUGUUCUUUGAUUCCUUGGAUUGCUUGUUGGUUGAAGAAUCACUUGUUGCGAAACAUGGAUUAGAGUAUGAAAUUUGGUUUAAUGAGCUGCAAAGUGUGAAGGAGCGACGUGCAAGUUUUCUGCGAUCCAUGGAUCUGGUUGAGUUUACAGAGCCAUCAAGGAUAAAGGAUGUGAAGAGGAUCACAGAGUGCAGUGGUGCCGUCCCAAGUUGUUCAUUUUUAUCUGUCAACAAUGGCGAAGGAAGUAUUGCUUGUUGCGAGAGAGAAAUGACUUGUCAAGCUAUUCCUUCGGUUGAUGAAUCAGAACUAGGACAGAGCUUUGCUCUCGACAUUGAGAAUGAGACACUUUCCCCUACUAAAGGAUGUGAACAAAAGGAAGCUCAAGCAUACUUGGAUGAAUGUGAAAUUAAUACCAAAAAAUUCAAGAAAUGGUGGAAACACUUUUUGAGCACGAGGAAAGGAGGAGAAACCAAACGUGCAUCUAAGGUAUCGAAACAUGACAUCAAAGUGCAUAAGUUGAACAAAAUGAUGGUUCAGCCCAACAAGAACGGAUGCAUGGAGUCUACAGCAAUUUUUAUGGGACAAGAAAUACAGGCUCACACCGGCUUCAUCUGGACAAUGAAGUUUAGCCCGGAUGGUCAGUAUUUGGCAACCGGCGGUGAAGACGGAGUAGUACGGAUAUGGCGAGUCACAUCAACAGAUGCCUCUAGUAAACCUUUCAAUGCUGAGGGCGGUUUGGUUAGAAAGAUGAACAAAAGAAAGUUCGGUUUUGGCAGAAAAAAGUUGAUCCCAUCACCAGUUGUUGUCCCUAAUAAGAUUUUUCAGAUUGAGGAGUUACCAAUGCAAGAGUUUCAUGGCCAUGGCUGUGAUGUUUUAGAUGUUGCAUGGUCCAAUGCAAAUUUUCUUGUUUCUUCUUCCAUGGACAAAACUGUUCGUCUGUGGCAAGUUGGCUGCAAUCAAUGUCUAAAUGUUUUUUAUCAUAAUAAUUACGUCACAUGCAUUCAGUUCAAUCCCAUUGAUGACAAUUACUUCAUCAGCGGUUCAAUAGAUGGAAAAGUUAGGAUCUGGGGAGUCGCCGAGAAACGAGUUGUACAUUGGGUGGACAUGCGGGACAUUAUAACUGCCAUAUGUUACCGGCCAGAUGGGAAGGAAUUUGUGGUUGGUUCCAUUGCGGGCACUUGCCGCUUUUAUGAAGCAUCAGGCAUCGGUGUCAAUUUGGAGGCAGAGAUUCAUAUUCAUGGCAGAAAGAAAACCUCUGGCAACAAAAUUACAAGUAUUCAGUUCUCCCGGGAUGAAUCACGCAAAGUUCUGAUAACAUGUGAAGAUUCUAAACUCAGAAUAUUCGAUGGCAUAGACGUAGUUCGUAAAUUUAAAGCGCUGCCAAAGUCAGGAAGUCAGAUGUCGGCAUCGUUUACAUCAACCGGGAAACAUAUAAUCUCAGUUGGAGAAGACUGUCGUGUUUAUGUCUGGAACUACAAUGACAUGUGUCUCCAAACAUCAAAACAUGCAAAAUCUGUUCGUUCUUGUGAGCACUUCUUUUGCCAGGAUGUGUCUGUCGCAAUACCUUGGUUAGGCCAGGGUCCAGAUCAGAGGCACUCGGCACGAGCACCAAGAGAAGGUCGAAUGGAGGGUGGUUCCUGGAUCAGAGAUUCAGAACAGUUCUCCAUUGGUAACUGGUUCUCCAUUGAUGGGUCUGGGUCAUCCAAGGGCUCCGCCACAUGGCCUGAAGAAAAGCUUCCUUUGUGGGAUGCAACAGUUGUGGAGCGUGAGAGUUACACGUAUGACCAGCAGCAACUCUGUCACACUGGUGCCAACGACCACAUGAGCCUUCCGGAAACAUGGGGACUCGUGAUUGUUGCAGGCGGAUGGAAUGGAACAAUCAAGACAUUCCAUAACUAUGGAUUGCCCGUUAGGCUAUAGAAGUUUGGAUUCUGUCAGUACAGGUUCAUGAAAGCCACUCUUUUUUUGUGGUGAACUUGUGUUAGAUCUGGACUGUCCUAGUGUAAGCUCAGUCAGCAGUUGCUUUGAAGUUACCAAUAUCCAACAAUUUUCUUAGUUCGUGACAUUAUGAAUCAAUUAGACCAACACUUAGCUUCAUAGUUAAUGCUAAUCUAAAUAGAUGUACAUGGAAAGCUUCAUAGUUAAUGCUAAUCUAAAUAGAUGUACAUGGAAA